UAAACUGACAGGUUUUCUAGCCUCAGUGGUAAAACCCGGGGACCAGCCCAUUUAUUUAAAGUGUUUACGUGGAGCUGCCCUCACCUUACCAGGAAGCGAUUGAUUAACUCAGACGCUCACAGAGGAACGGCUUCAUUUUCCUAUUUCACAGAGAUUUUGCUCCGGGCACACUGAGAUGUUGAAAUGAAGAUAGAUGAAAAAGUCCUCACCUAUUUUGAAUCUUCCAACUCACCUGUGGAUAAGGAAGGGUACCUGUACAAGAAGGGUGAGAUCAAGACUUCCUAUCAGAAGCGCUGGUUCGUGCUGAAGGGGAACCUCCUCUUCUACAAAGACCGGCAGACCGACCGGGAUCUGGUAGGAGUGAUUGUUCUGGAGGGCUGCACCGUCCAGCUGUGCGAGUCCGAGGAGAAGUUUGCCUUCUCGCUGGUGUGGAGCGAGCCAGGGCUGCGGACGUACAAGUUUGCCGCGGAGGACCAGGCCAGUCAGGAGAGCUGGAUCAAAGCCCUGCUGUCAGCCAGCCACAGCUACCUGGCCCUGCUUGUAGUGGACAUGGAGUCGAAGUACAGAGAUGCAGUGGGCGCCCUCUCCAGUCAACCAAGCAAACCUUUCGUCAUGCCAAAUUUCAACACCAUCCAGCCUGCUGUCUUUGUGACCUCAAACACCUGCACCUCAUCUGCGCUGGGAACAGCAUCCAGCCCGAAUUCCUGUCCAAACCUACAAGCUCUUACCAUUUCAUCCAAGACGGCUAGUAAGAAAUCACCCAAACUGCGAUCGAAGAAGAAUGCCAGCGUGGUGCCUAUGUUUGAUCCAUUUCAGACGAUUGGGGAGUACGACUUUAACCAGCUGCAUGAAGAUUACGGAAAGGAAGUGAAGGAACUGAUUGCCAUGUGGUCAAAGAAAGGACACGGCGGUGCGAAUGUUCAGGAUGAAAACUUGAUAGAUUUUGGAUGAUAAAAGUUUGCUUUGUUUCUAACCCUUAACUUAUAGAGAAGCUUUAUCAUGCAUACGUGCACUGGAUUAGAAAUGUAUCGGUAAUAUAUAGUUGACAUAGUUAUAUUUGUUUUCUUCCAGAAACAUGCUGUUUCUUUUUUACUUACAUUUUCAUAGAUUCGUCAAUAAAUGAUCUAUGAUCAUCCGUUUUAUUAA